UUUUUGCAAGGAACAGAAGAAACAGUCAUGUCAAAUCACAUUCACUCGCAAAACGCCGAUGCGGCCCUGAUUGCCAGGAUGCAUCAGAUGCGCCUCGAAGGGGAAAGCCCCGGGGCUGGUCCAGCGGCCCGUAUGGUUCAGCAACCGCAACAACAACAGCAGCAGCAAGGAAUGGCUCGAGUGGCUCAACCUCCUCACCAUAUCGGCCAAAUGGCUCAGCUGGAGAAUCACUACAUUCCCGUUUCUUCCGCCAAUGUGGUUCUGGUAAAUCACGAUCCACGGAUGUACGACAAGUACCACCAGAACCAGAUGUACGCCGCAGCGGUAGCGACCGGUCAAAAACCUGGAAACCUCGCCCAUGUUGGGUACUACCGAGUAAGUAAUAGCCCCACCCAUUCGCUGGGAGGGUCAUCGCACCAUUCUGGUAAUGGUGGCGGAAGUCCUCGGGCCAGCAGUCAACAACAGCAAUACUACGAUCCUCGCUACCAGGCAGUGUACGAAAACAUCGACUACUAUCCACCGGUUCAGCCGCAGCAGAUCGACACCAUCAUGUACGACCGCAAGUUUGAGUCGAACAACAUAAAAGCCCAGCCGCAGGUACCGGUUGGCAUGGCUCAUCUACACUCGGCCAAUGGCAGUGCCAGCCGUUACGCUCAUACUCCACAACCUCCGGAACACAUGCACGAACAUCAGCAGCACCAUCAGCAACAACAUCAACAUCAUCCACCAAUCUACGAAAACCUGGCCACUGCUUCCGGCCAGCAAGCCCAACCUCAAGCUAGCAAAGCCUCCUCGCAGAUUUACUACCACCGGAACGAAACCGUCAGUCCUCAGGUUCAACAUUUGCAACACCAACAACAGCCCAUCUACGAGGCGACCGUCGUCAACCCCAACAUUCCGCUCAAAAUAGCCCAGCAACCGCAACCAGUGCAUCUGCCAAACGUCAAGUAUCACGCCACGGGAGUCCCAGCUUCGGCCGCCCUUCCCUACGGAGCAUCAUCCGCGCCCUCGCUGCCUCCAAAAUCCGCCGACUCGCUCAAGCAAACAAAGCCCACCAACUCGCCGUCACGCAGCAGCUCCAUCUCCGGGUCCAGCUCGCUCAACAAAUCCUUCGUCGAGGACAUCAACGGGUCCGACUACGUGUGCAUGACCGGCGGCCGGCGAGAGUACUCCCAGCAGCAGUUUUCAGUGUCCCCGCUGCCACCACCGCAAACGCCAACUUCAUCACAUCAACAGCAGCAGUACUACGCAUCCGGCCGGCCGUCGAUGGCCACGUCGGCUACGACUCCCACGGGUGCCGCAAACAACGGUGGUCACGAGCGUCACUAUGCCACGUUGCGCGAGCUGGACGCCGGGAAACCUCCGCCGGUUCCGGCGCAAAGUUCAGCUUCGGCUGUGACGACCACCACCAGUGGAAGUAAGCCCAAUAGCGCCCAAAGCUCCUUUUCCGGACUGACGACUACAAUGGCGGGUGGUGGAGGUGGUGGUGGUGGUGGUGGCAACUUUCCGUCGGCCGUUUCUCCUACGCCGUCGCAGUUGAGCACCGGUAGCGGUUCCGGCAAGCGUCUAACCAAGAACUUGCUGCCGUACAACGUGACGCCGCCACGCCCAACCGGACCCACGGAGGCUGAGCGGAAGAUUGAGGAGAUGACCCGCCAGCUGGAGGAAGAAAUGGAAAAGAACGAAGAGCAGGGUGAAUACUUUGGAAUUUGUCACACGUGCAAGGAGAAAGUUACCGGCGCCGGAGCGGCCUGCCAGGCCAUGGGGAACCUGUACCACACCAACUGCUUCAUCUGUUGCUCCUGUGGUCGUGCGCUGCGCGGAAAGGCCUUCUACAACGUUCACGGCCGGGUUUACUGCGAGGAGGACUAUCUGUACUCGGGCUUCCAGCAGACGGCGGAAAAGUGUGCAAUCUGUGGCCACCUCAUCAUGGAGAUGAUCCUGCAGGCGAUGGGCAAGUCGUACCACCCGGGGUGCUUCCGGUGCUGCGUGUGCAACGAGUGCCUGGACGGCGUCCCGUUCACGGUGGACGUGGACAACAAGAUCUACUGCGUCAACGAUUACCACAGCAUGUUUGCGCCAAAGUGCGCGAGCUGCGGAAAAGGAAUUACGCCGGUCGAGGGCACCGAGGAGACGGUUCGCGUCGUGGCGAUGGACAAGGACUUCCACGUGGACUGCUACAUUUGCGAGGAGUGCGGAAUGCAGCUGACGGACGAACCGGACAAGCGUUGCUAUCCGUACGAGGGUCGGUUGAUGUGCCGCUCGUGCCACAUCCAGAAGAUUACCCUGCACGACAUGCAGCACGGCGGAGUCGGCGGUGGACGGAUCGUCGUCGAGCCGGUCUCGGCCACGUACCAGUACAUGGGAUAAAAGGGACUGCGAGGGCCGGAAGAACUUACGCUAGGGUGAGAAAAGAAAACGAUAUUAGGAGUUACUUUGAAAAAGUAACAAAAAGAAGAUCAAUUAGAAGAGAAAUUACACAUUCAUGUUUUUAAACUACGCGAUCUACUCCCUAAACACAUCUAGCCGAAAGUAACAACUACCCAUCAAAAUAUAUCAAUUGGUGUAAACAAAACUGUACUCUUCUCUCUAUACGUUAAUCAUAUGUGUAUUACGCAAGACAAAAUUUAAUGAUCCUCAAGCAAUUCCUGGUAUUUUAGCGGACAAGCAGAAAAAAAGACAGCUAAUCCUAUUAAAAACAUGACCACAAUACAAAAAAAAAAAACAAAACAAACCAUUACAUUCCAAACGCUGCCAACAAGACGUAUUUGAUAAAAUUUAACAUAUAUUAUCGAAGUUUAAAGGGUAAGAUACGCAUACACUGAAACAUACGCGCGCAGCUUAAUUCAUUGUUGUAAUUUAUACAAAUACACACAUUU